UGGCCUCGGGGCACCACUCCCCUCCUUGCCGUUUUCCCUCCUCCUGGCUUCUUGUGCUUUCACAGCAACUGCCCUUAAAAGUCGGGCUUCCGACAGAGCUCCUUAGUGUUUUUGCCGCCUGUAAACGAUGUCGUGGUUGUGGUAGCAGCAUGUGGAGGUCGGCGCUAACUUUGUACCUGCUGCUGGUUGCGUCCCAGCCUUUGUGGGCUCAGACGGAAGUCCCGGUUUCAGCCGUCGCCCCUCAGAACUGCAGCCUGGAAUGUAUCCGACAGACAUUCGUUAGGAAUUCAAAGAAAAAGGAAGUUGAAACUGAAUCUGACCACAAACCUUCUGCUCUGCAGGGAAGACCUGAAUGUGAAUACUGCAGAGUAACCGGAGAUGACAUUAAGAAGAAAGUGGGUCUUGUCUCCAACCAUGGCUGUAUCCCAUGGCCUUGCUUGGAGCUGCUCGGAGAUGAAGACCCAUCGAUCUGUGAGCAUUACGUCCAAGCACCGGACGAUGUGAAGGUGGAGUUCGUACACGAGUCCAACCCUAAAUCUGACACCGUCAUCGUCUCCUGGAAGCCCAGCCACUACGGAAUUGCCUUCUUGCGAGGCUUUCAAGUGUCUGUGCAGGCAUUGGGAGGGACUGCUGUUGCCUGCCAGCUGUUGCUCUUCAGCCGUAACGUCUCCCUCUCUGCUGCUCAUGCUCAAACGUUCUACAAGUCGGACCCAUUUCCCGGCCUCUCCUUGGGAUCCCAGUAUGCCGUUACUGUCAUGGCUUUGCCGGUUCCUGAGCAGUGGGACAAGUUUUACCAAAGUUUCUACUUCAACACUCGCUCAUGUGCCGAGAAGAACGGUUUGGAGCAGUGUAAGCAAGACUGGUACCCGCAGCACAUUAAGGUCCAGCAGGACGGCUCGGUUGUCAUUGUGACUUUUAACUUGGCUCCACCAAUCAUGGGGAUCAGAAGGUACUUCUGUCUUUGCCGUGGAGACGGAGAAGUGAAAUACACAGACAUAAUUCUGGAUUCCUUAGAAAACAAAACCCACCACAGUUUUCAGCUGAGUGACCUUCAUGAAGGAACCAACUACACCUGCGAUAUUGCUGCUAAGGAAGUAGACGCAGUAAGAAAGCGCUUCAAGAUUUCUUUCCAGAAAGCAGAGAUUCUUCCCUCUACUCCUCCAUCCUUGGAUGUGGUGUUAGCUGUGUGUCUGGCUGUGGUCGCUGUCUUUGGAGUCCUACUCGCUGCUCUCAUGUGUUGGAGGUCAAAGGUGUACAGGAAGAAACUCGAUGCAAACCCAGAAAUCGACACCCUGUAUGAAGAGCAAGACACCCUAAAACAACCGGUGGUGUUGCCUGGAAACAGGGCGACCCCACCGCGUCUACUGAUAUGCUACAGCGGAUAUGACGGAGCAGCUCAUGUCAAAGCCGUCAUGAAGUUGGGAGCCUUCAUACAGCAGCACAUGGCGACCCGGGUGUGUCUGGACCUUUGGGACUAUCUGAGCAUUGCCGAGGAGGGAGUUAUGGCCUGGUACUGUCGGCAGAUCCGGGAGAACGACUUUGUUCUGGUGAUCUGUUCUCCGGGACUCAGGCAGAGAUACGAUCCGGAAGUGACUCACGACAACAGCGUGGAUUUAAUGUCGAACUCCUGCAGUUGUGAAGCCAUCGUCCAACUUAUCGGCGAGGAGGUGGGACGGGCCAAGGCUCGGGGAGAAGACAUGUCUAAGUACAUGGCGGCUGUUUUCAAGUACUGCAAGGAAACGGACAUCCCCACUGAGCUGAGGCUGGCAGCUCACUACACGGUACCGCGCGACCUGCCGCUGCUCUUCUCACACCUGCACGGAGUGGCCCUGCACAGACCCGGCAGUUACCUGAAGAUAAACAACAUCACAGAGGAAAGUUACACCGGCGUCCCAACGGGAGCUGCUCUGCAGCUGGCGAUCCAGGAGGCAGGGACGGCACUGAACGGAGAGCAGCAGCAGAUGGAGGAGCUGAGCUAUGAUAGAGUGGAUGCCUGAACAUAAUCGCAGUGGGGAAAAAUGUACAUUAUCAUUUUGUAGUAAAUAGGUGUUAUAAAGGCUGGAAAUUCACACCAGAUAUCAGUAACAACUCAAGUGAGAAGUUCAAGGCAUCUCUUGUAUGGCAAAGCUAGUUGCCAUACAACUGAGGCAGCAGUGGAAGUAAUAAAUACCGCCACCUGCAGGUGUAAGUUAGAAGUCACUUAAACCCAAUGGGUUUUUUUAAACGUUUUUUUUUUUUGCUGAAAACUCACAAUUUUGCAGUAGCGUGAAAAAAAUAGAGGCGAUCUGUUGAUUUUGCAUAAAUUUCCAUAAUCACAGAAUUUCAAAAAACUGGAGGGACUGAGUAAUGUUAACUGAUGUUUGGCAAAUUUUGGAUGGUUUCUCAGCUUUCUGUGCCUUUUUGUAGUUUGUUUUCCCGUCAUUUCACUUUUUUACACAUAACUAAUUUCCUGUGCUCAUUUAUUUUGAUUUCCUGUUAUGUGGGGAUCUCUUGGGUUUUUACUGAUACAUGGAGUGAAUUUCAUAUCAAUAGCCUCAUGAGAAACAUAGUUACUGAAAACAACUCAAUAUCUUUCCCCACUAAUUAUUAUGCAUACAUUAUAUUCCAGUUGGACCUCAGAUACACACAAUUUUGCACUAUGACUUAUAACUUUAUGCAUGCAGUAACAUACAGGAACACAAUAUAAGUACUGACACCGCUAUGUAAAAACUGUGUAAUGUUUUAUAAAAUGCUGCUAUAAUUUGAAACACUUUGAAAAUAAGUGUUACCUAUGGAUCUAAAAAAAGUUUUUUUUAGAUCCCCAGGUCAGUGUUUACAGUGUUUACAUUUAUGCUUUAUUUAUCCUUGUGCUAAUCUCAAAUUGUCCAAGAAUGAAUGAAUGAAAUAAUCUAUCGUUUCCUUUCCCAUUUUGAGAACAUUUUCAGUUGAAUGGAAGGUUUAUGUGUAAAUUGUAAAUUAUUGCAUCAUCGAAAUAUUUUUGUAAAACAUAUUUUUACUACUUACUAAAUUUAUAAUAAACAAUAGUUGGAACCAA